CCCCACCCCCAAGCAUUUUGUUGUCGAAAUCUAUCGGUUUCAAAAGUCGUUUUCUCUUUGUUUCUUCUCAUUCAUUCAUUAUCGAUCUCUCCCAUAACGUCUUCUAAAAAGUUUAAGUCCUUUUUCGAGGGCUUCCCAAUAAUUGUCUUCAAUUUAGUUCAUAUACCUAAUUUCUAGCUCCAUAGUCUGAUCAUUUCGAGCUUUCAAGCAGAAAAUUCAGUACAUCUUUCUCUCUCUCUCUUUAUACCAAUCCAUUGAGUACUGAAACUCAUAAGUCACCGGAAUUUCAAAUCAUCUCUUUGAACUAUGUUAUAACGAGAAUUUAAUUACAUGGCAUACAAAGACUUAAGCAAAGACUGUUGGUAGAAAUUCAACCUAAUUUUUACGAUAUGGCUUAAUCCGAGAAUACAGCUGCUCAUAGUUUAUACUUUGGCCAGUUUCAGGCAUUGAACAAGCUAAGCAGCACCACUUGGAGAGGCAACCACAUUCCAUUUGCACAAUAUUAACAAUGGAAGAUCACCAGAAGGAGCUACACUUUCUAUCCACUCACCCAAAUGCAGCAAACUCCUCCUCCUGGCCAUCAGAUUCUUCAGCAAACAUCCGAUCAUCAGAAUCAUUGGAACCUCCUUCUUUGGACCUACAACUCUCAAUCAGCGUAAGACCUAUUAAGCCACCUUCACAAGGCGUCCUAACAAGGGCAGUCAAUCAUAAUAAUCACUACAACGAUGUCCGAUUCGAUUCGGGCUACGUUGAGGCUCUUAAAUGGCAAGCUGCUGAGCAAAUCCGGUUGGCAGCCAUAGAGAAAGCGUAUGCUGAACGUGUGAGAGAACUUACUAGAAGAGAAAUAGAGAUGGCUCAGUCGGAAUUUGCACGUGCGAGAAGUAUGUGGGAGAGAGCUAAAGAGGAAGUUGAAAAAGCAGAAAAGUUGAAAGAAAGAGCAACUCGUAGGAUUGAUCCUACGUGCAUGGAAGUUACAUGUCAGUCUUGCAGUCAAAAAUUUCGACCUCACUGAAUAUAAGAUGUUAAUUAAUGAAGGUGCGUUCUAAUAAGAGUAAUUAAUAUAUGUAUUUUGAGUUUAUGAAGGGGGAGCUGAUGAUAAAUAUUCUGUAGAAUGCUGAUGAUAAAUAUUCUGUAGAAUGCAUUCUUUUCUUUUGUUGGGAAUUCUGCAAGAACUUAAAAGUGGAAUAAUUGAUGUAUGAUUCUUUUGUUUUCCGUUC